CUCAGGUUUAGUCUGCUUAAUCUCUAAUUUUUUUUUUCGAGAAAACAAGAUGAUCCAGUGUUUUGCAUCACUACCACCACUCCAUGCUUCUCACCAUCACACCCUUCAUUUUCUUCCAUCUAGAAUCACCGCCACUUUGCCAUCUUCUUCUUCAUCUCCAUUCUUAUCAACAACAACAUCCAGAAGAGCAGCUCUAUCUCUGUCAAUUAUCACCACCACUUUGAGCACAUUAACUUUACCGUUCUCCUCUCCUAUUUCUUCAACCGCAGCGGACGCCGCCGAGCUGUCGGAGCUCCCGAACUCCGGCGGCGUCAAGUCGUUGGACCUCCGCACAGGGUCGGGUCCAAUUCCACUGAACGGUGACCAAGUUGCAAUACAUUACUAUGGAAGGUUGGCAGCGAAGCAAGGGUGGCGGUUUGAUUCAACGUAUGACCACAAAGAUGGAAGUGGUGAACCGGUUCCUUUUGUUUUCACGCUCGGAUCCGGCAAAGUAAUUCCGGGGAUUGAAGCGGCUGUGAGGUCAAUGAAGGUGGGUGGUAUUCGUCGAGUUGUCAUCCCUCCAUCUCAAGGAUAUCAAAACACUUCGCAAGAACCACUACCACCUAAUUUCUUUGACCGGCAGAGGCUGUUUACUACGAUCUUCAAUCCAACCCGUCUUGCCAAUGGGGAAGGCUCGACAUUGGGAACUUUGAUUUUUGAUAUUGAGCUAGUCAGCCUGAGGCAUUAGCGAGAUCAACUUUCAUGAUUCUGAAAAAUUGCUUCUAAUGGUGCAGCAAUGCCUGAUACAAGGCAUGGCUAGUCUGUUUUCAAGUUGCAUUAAUUUUUUAUGGAUGAAUAUAAUAAACAAUGUUUUCAUACCCGAAUUGGGCUGGGCUUCAUCCUGUGAAGGGGCCGGUUCAGGGCAAGUGGUGACCGGACUGGUGUGCAUGUAAGCGUAUGAGAUAUGACAUGUCAAGGUUGGAGAGGUGUAUAUACGUCCAUCUAUAAUAGAAUUUACUAUAAAUUAAAAAAAAUGUAUUAACUCGAACGGGUGUAACCCUAACUUUAAUUUGAAUAAACUGACUCAAAUCUAAUAAAUCGUUGGAAAAAUUUUGACGGAUUCA